GUGUAAAUUAAAUGCACGUGUACUGACAAUGCUCUGUAACAGACAGCCUACUACAUCUACAUUGUUGCUGUAAGUGCAACUAUAAUGCGACGCUGCUAAGUAUUGUUCAAGCUGUAAUAUUCUACGAUACAGGCGAAAUGAUUCUCAAGAUUACUGUUAUUAGUUUGCUAACACAAUCUAUUCACUUGCCAGGAAUUUCAGCAAAUGAAGACCAGUCGAGAACAGAACUUCAUGUAACUUACUGCCGUGGAGCCGACGGAUACCACAAGCUCCCAACGUCUGUGCAUGAGAUCAAUGAGAAAUCUCCACCGGAUUGGGUGAUUGCCGGAUAUGAUGAGGAGCUGAAAUGUGAUAUCUACUCCUAUCCUAACGACCCUAGAAUGAUGCUGCUAUUUGACCAGUGGGGCAAUCCUUGUGCUAUGCGUUUGGGUUACAUCAUUGAAGACCUGCCUAAGAUGGGCGAGUCGAACAACCGGGAAUUCACAUACAGGUACGACGACAAACCGAUGUACAGACUGGCCAACUACUGGGAUACCGACAUCUGGGAAACUACAUUCUUGUUCACCAGUCCAGAAACUCUGAAGAACGGAGGGCGAAAAGAAACAGGUGGGAUAUUUGCUGACGAAGUCUGGAUGCCUCUGACAGGAGAGUAUGUUCGUAUACCCGACCACGAAUAUGGAAUCAUGUCCAUUGGGUUCACAAAACAAGUUUGUCACAAAGGAAUGGGUAAUCAUUACUUUUUCAACAUGACGCCGUGGCUUGACUGCCACGAUUGGUUGGGCCCUUAUGUGCACUACGAGAACCGCAAACUUGUGGGCAUCGCCAAUGCACCGUUCGGCUCAUUCACUUACCUACACCAGAACUGGUUUGAGAUCCACGAUCCUCGCUUUGUCGAUAGGGUUAUGCCAUUCAAGCCUGGCUGUUUCAACGAUUGGCUGGAAUACAUCGGCACUACCGCUAUUCAUAUAUAUUUGGUUGCGAACCCUCGUAACAUUUCAUGUGAUGCUUGUUUAUUCGGAUGAAUAUGGUUCAUGAAGUUAAAUGAAAUGCAUGUUGGGAAUUUAGCGUCCAAAAUUAAAUAUACAACCACUAAUAUAA